ACGACGUGUAUGUUUUGGUGCAAGUAAUUAUUCCAGUCAGUGUACCUGGCGGAAAAUUGUCGUUUUCACCGCAGCAGAUGCGACAAUGGAAGUAUCUUGGAGAUAUUAUAAAUAGGAGGCGCACGCGCCGCGGGCCAGUCACAUGGAGAACAUGUCAUUAUACGGAUAAAUAUGCUAAUACUCAUCGCCCUGGUCAUCGCGACAACAGCCGGCCACAGAGUGACGGAGAGCCUCGAGGACGUCCCUCCCGAUGCGUUCAAGAACACCACCACCCUGUACCCAGUCUCCAACAUCACCAGAAAUGACAGCAAAGAAAAGAACAAGAUCAACGGAGACGCCACCGUCUGGAAGCUGGAGACAGCAUUUGCGGAAUCGAGCUACGAAAAAAUGACCAACAGCUCGGAAACAGAGAUGGAGGCAGUGAAGCAAGAAAAGAAGAUGAAGAACAUGAGUGAAGAGUUCAAGCCGAGUCCACAUUUGGGCACGUUCUUUGAAGACGACAGCUUGGAGAUCAUCCCCACGAGAGCCACGAUCGGAGAGUUCAGACCAUUGAAGAAACCUCCAUCAGGAUUUGUGAGCUUCCAAAAGGACAACUUCAAAUCAAUCCUCUACAGCCCCCCAAAAGACGUGUUCAGGCAGCACGAGUUCCCCUACAAGAUCGAGGGCAGCGUCCUCACCAGGGGCAAGAAUUCCUGGAGGCCGUCGGAGGGCCUGGACUCCAAGCCCACCAUGGAGGCCCCCAUGAGAGUCCCGGCAGGAGGCCUGUACAAGGCCCCGGUGCAGGAGGCCUUCACUGAGAGGCCUGACGACGAGGACUUCGGCCUCAACUUUGACGAUUUGAAAGAUAACCACAAUAACAGCGUGGAUGUUAAGAAACGAGUGAACCCAUGGAAGAACCUACUCCGCCUGGUGACAGCGUUCAUUCCCGUGGGACUCAUCAUAUCUGCGCUCACGCCAAACAUAAUCACUGUGGAGUCUACGGGGCCUGAAAGCCAGUUCCCUCACCAGGUGUUCCGCAGAUCGGACAGCAGCGCAGCGGAACUGGCGCCCAUCAGCGAGCCCUGCCGCCGCCGCCUGCUGUGCGAGCUGCACUCAGAUAACAACUACACGGCGAGCCAAAGCCAGCGCGUGCGCCGGCGCCACUGCCACCGCAUCCACUGCGAGGAGCCCGAGGCGCUCGCCAGGAUGCUGACGUGGCUGCUCAGCCACCGGCCCGCCGACAACAGACCACACCAGACUUGA